AUGAGCCGCGGGAUUAUGGGGGGUCAGUUCACGCUGCCAUGGGAGGACAAACCCAAGGCUGUCAGGCCUGCGCCGCUGACGGUGCAGCAGUGGAGGGAUUGCUUCGACGACGCCACCGGUCGCUUGAAGGGCGGCGGCGAGAAGGCUAUCGGCUGUGUCCGUCUUGGGGGAUGCGAUGCAGAGAUCAGAGCAGAAGUCUGGCCGUUCCUCCUUGGCCUGUACGAGGCGGAGAGCACGGAGGCGGAGAGGGCGCAGCUGCGCGCGCAGAGGCGCGUGCUGUACGAAGAGAUCCGUGCGAUUGCGGCGCGCGUGGCGGUGAUUGCGCGGCAGGCGGAGGAGGAGGCGACGAGGAGGAUGAAGGAGGAGGAGGAGAGGGAGGAAAGGGAGGAGAGGGAGCAGCGGGAGAGGGAGAGGAAAGAGAGAGAGGAGAGGGAGCGGGACGAGAGAGAGGAAAAAGAGAAGGAGGAGGGGGGGAGAGGAAGGAGCAACGAAGGCGGCGCCAGUCAGGAGGAGGUCGAAUUCAGCAGCAGAGGGGAUGAUGGCGGUGCUGGUGAUGGAAGCGGGAAUGUGAAUGGCGACGGUGGUGGCGAAACGGAUGGUAGCGGAAACAGUGGAGGUGGUAACUUUGAAGGUAACGGGAGCGAGGACGAGUUCAGUGAUGCGGUGUGCGUGGACUCCGCAUCUGCCAGUCUGUCCGUCUCCACUGAGUCCUUCGUAGACGUGGCACGGGAAGAGGCUGCUCAUGCCGCUGCUGCUGACGUUGAUGCUGGUUCUGCUGCCCCUGAUGCUGCUGAUGCCGUCUCUUCAGGCGAAGCAGAAGGAGCAGAAACGGUCGCGGGAGCAGGAGCAGGCGCAGAGGAGAAGGCCGACAGAUUGGAGGGCGGAGAAGCCGCGGAGUUUAGUUGUCGGGAAGAGAGUGGCAACACCGACGUCAAUGGUGGCAGCAGCGAUGGCCACGGCUCGGCCGAUAAUGGAAAGGAUGAUGAUGAGGAUGAGGAUGAGGAUGAUGAUGGGGAUGAUGCCUCACGUGAGCAACGCCAAGAGCACCCGCUAGACUGCAAGAUCCCGGAGUGCUUUCUCCCGCGCACCAGCAGUAGCAGAGGAGGAGCAGCAGGAGGAGAGGCAGGAGGAGAGGCAGGAAUCGGCAGAGGCAGCACCUGCGGGCGGGGCAGCGGGUCCCUGGAGAAUUUCGUCACCUGGCAGCGUAUAAUGCGGUUGGAUGCGGUGCGAAUGAACGCCGCGUGGAUCCCGUAUUCUACUCAGAAGGCCUUCCCGCCUGAAGAAGCGCUAGAGGCGGCAGCAGCCGCCGGCCUGCCGGAACACGGACACCUGUCGCCGCCCCAACGGCUGCAUGCCGCCCGGCUGGUGGCGAUUUUGGAGGCUUAUGCGGUGUAUGAUCCCGAGGUGGGAUACUGCCAGGGCAUGAGCGAUCUUCUAUCCCCGUUUGUAGCUCUUUUGGAGGAGGAUUCGGAGGCGUUUUGGUGCUUCGUGGCGUUUAUGCAGCGAGGGGAUGCUACCCGCAAUGAGGCAGAAGUGGGGGAGGAUUGCGAGUGGGAGAAGGUAGAAGCGGAGGAGGCAGAGGACAAGGGAGAGGAGGGAGGGGAGAGCAAGGGAGAGGAGGGAGGGGAGAGGGAAAGGGAGCGCUGGGAGAGGGACGACGAGAGUGCCCCUCUGCUGGACAAUGGAUGGGGGGGUGCUUUUGGCUGGGCGGCUGCUGAUAAGAGCUCUGGUUCCCCUGACGUCUCCACCACCACCACUGCUGCUGCCGGUGCCACCGCCACCACCACUGCUGCUGCCGGUGCCACCGCCACCAGCAGCAGCAACAGUGUAUGUAACACAGGCCAAUUUACAAGCAGAGAUACAAGUAGAGACACGAGCAGGGAUGCGAGCAGGGUGGGCGGCAGCAGGAGGAAGAAGGCAUGGCAGGAGUGCCGCCCGUGGCCGGAUUUCCUGCUCUUUGUGGUGGCCGCCAUUCUGGUGAGCCGCAGGGAGCAGGUGCUGUGCUGCGAGGGUCUGGACGAGGUGCUGCUGCUCUGCAACUCUUUGUCGGGGCAGCUUGAUGUCCUGUCGGGGCACGAGCAGGGUGGGCGGCAGCAGGAGGAAGAAGGCGUGGCAGGAGUGCCGCCCGCGGCCGGAUUUCCUGCUCUUUGUGGUGGCCGCCAUUCUGGUGAGCCGCAGGGAGCAGGUGCUGUGCUGCGAGGGUCUGGACGAGGUGCUGCUGCUCUGCAACUCUUUGUCGGGGCAGCUGGACGUGUGGGAGCUCAUGCACUGUGCUAG